AAAUUCAAGUCUAGUGAAAGUGACGUGCGUGUAUAAAAGUCGCUCAAAUAACGAAAAAUCUUUUCCAUAAUUUUAAUGGCGAUCGCCUGUUUUUGUUUGUAACUGGCUGCUGACACCCACAUAAUAAAUUGAUCGUCCAGCGCGACGAAACCGUUCACAAUGGCCACUCCGGAAAAAGAUAACUGUUCCUCGUCGACGUCGUCAUCGUCGCACUACGCUUUGCACGUCGCCCUGCAAACUAUGAAGGAGCGCUGUCAAAGUCUCCAGAAACGACUCAGCGUCCUGGAGGAGGAAAAUCUAUCGCUACGAAUGGCUCAAUCCAGUAUUCAACCAAACGCACGCAGCUCGUCGCCAAGCUCGUCCCGCACGGAACGGCGGGUUUCCAACCAAACCGAACUGGAAGUGAUGCGCGAGAAGGUCUCCGAGUUGGCUCGACAGAAAGUGCAGCUGAUGGAUCACAUCUCGAUGGUGGCUGCCGAGAAUAGACAGCUUUGGAGCCGUCUGUCGAAGCUGACCAAGGACAAUCAAAGCUUGGGCGAAUCGGUGGGUCGAAUUCGGGAGGCUUCCGCCGUUGCGGGAAGCACGCAAAACUUGAUCCGAUCGAAGACAUUUACGAAAAAUGCACCGAACCCGCGACUUCGCGAGAGGUUACCCCGCGAGGGUGGUGAUGGGUCUUCCUCCUCCUGUGAGGAGGUUAAUUUAGAUUUGGAGGAUGUUUCACUGUUGAAUAAGUGUGGCUUUAUCGAUAGCGGGGCGGGCGUUGAAAUGGGCUUCCUGCAGCACGAUGGUGACGAUAUGUUGUUGUUCGAUGUGGAAAAUAAUCCCGAUGCCAAGCGGUGCACGGAAGGGCUGUUGGAUAUUCAGAAGGAGCUGCUAAAGCAGCAGACCGUUAUGAAGGUUGCCUUGGGAAAGUUGCAGAUUAAUAAAGAAACAUGUCUGUCUUGCAAAAAUCGCAAAAAGGACGUCAAACCGCAGAUGGUUGAUAAGGUGGUCGAGGUAGGAACGGAUCUUCCUAAGCAGAGUUUCAGCGAAGAUCUACCGCUGCCUGAACUUCCAAAAGCCACCGGGGAACCGGGAUUGCCUGCUAAGAACGUACCUGUGUUGACGGCCGAAACGGAAGCCAGUACACUGAAGUACGUCAACAUUCUGCAGGAUAAAGUCAAAGCGGACGGCCUGGACAAAAUGUGCCCGAUGUGCGGCAAAAUUUACGUCAAAAACAUUUCCUUCGAUGAGUUUCAGGAGCAUGUGGAGUCGCACUUUAUUGAUGACAACGAGCUGGAUAUUAGUCUGGAUCGAACGUAUGAGUAUAUCUCGCAGACGGUCGGCAACUUCUGACCUGCGGCCGAGCGGAGGAUUUACUUUUUUAGCGAAUUGUAGGGAGAGGGAGAAAGGGCCUGUUUUCGGUGAUCGUCCUUCUCCUCAGUUUGCGAAAGUUAAGAACGUUUGACAAAUGAAUUUGUAAUUGGUGCGCAGUAUGGUUGGUUUUAAUUGGGAAUUCGAUCGAUUUGAGUAAGAAGUCACUGUUUACUCACACAACGCCUAACUAGCUUGUUGUACUUGAUGAAUUUAGAUUUAGUAUACUUUUUAUCUGCUGGGGCAACUGUGUAGAAGCUCCUGAAGUUCCGAAAUAUUUUACCCCGCUGAAAGACAGCGAAUAUUUACGUAGUACCUAAUCUUACAAAUAAAUUGAAUCUAAAAUGUUUUCUG